AUGUCUUCACCGUCCGAGUCCGACAAGAGCAGCGCAAAACCUAGCAAGAAAUCUGCGCGCGUAGAUUCCGCCCAGUCCACUAGCGACAUCAACAGGCUACAGCGACCGCGAGAGAAUGACAUACGUCCUUCGCUAUGGAAGCGCAUUGUCGUUAUACUCACCCUUACUGCUCUCUUUUUGCUCGCGCUGACAAUACGUGCGCGACUGAAUCGUCCCCCACGGGUGAUCUACGCGUCGAGGUACUCCAAAGAACAUAAAUAUAGGCCGGCUGCAAGUCCUAUAAUUACCGAGACCUUGAAGGAUGGGCGAAUUCGUUUGAGGGGUGCGAUGCCCACUGGGCUAUGA